CGGUUGUAUCUCUUUUAUUUGUGCUCGAGGUGUUUGUUUGCAGUUUGCCCCGUUCGUGAAGGACUUGUUUACAUGCAUGCGGGUGAAGGAAAAAUUGAGCAAAAAUUAGGAAUUGCCUUCGUCAUCGAGCACGUGGGCGCCUCCAUUGAAAUUUUCAUAUCACAACACAUAACCUUUUUUUGUGGCACCAUCGACCAGUGGUGGUUAAGAUAUAAAAGCUAGUCAGAUAUGGAGAUAGAUUGUUGAAAAUUAAAAAAAAAAACUUAUAUUAUUAUUCCAAUAAGAAAUACUCUUAAGAAAAUACUCUUAUAUUUAGGUCUCUUCAUUAUCUAUUUUUAUUUCCCAAGGAUGCUGCAAAUAUACAAGAAAAAGCACCAACAAAAUCGGGGAAAAAGAACAGCGAAAAAAAAAUCCAGUCACUAGCUGAGUACGUUUGUUGUUUUUCGCAACGAAUUCCCCCCAAUUUCCGGGCAAAAUGAAACAAAGUGAAAAUGUCUACGAACACGUUCGGAUACAUAUCUUCGUACACUUUCCCCCUCUGAACCAUUUACGCUCCGCCAGGAUACGCUGCGUUACGCUCUCUCGUGUUUCGCUCUCUCGCAGUUUGUGAUAGCUUCGCCUUCUCCCAGGAAAAGUCGACAUUCGUCGGUUUAGUCCUUGCUUGACCCUGCUCGAGUUCGGUACGGCACGCCGAACACUUCUCUUUUGUUGCUUUGAGCGUGUUGCUGGAAUUGGUUACACACGGUGACGCCGUACUGUCCUUACGACACGUAAACAAAAAGGACUUUUCGCACGAUGAAGACCGGAAAAAGCUUCAAACUCGUCGUGUGAAAUUCGCAGUGAAUUGUUAAGUGAGUGAGUGUGUGUGUGUGUGUGUGUGUGUGUGUGUGUGUGUGUGUGUGUGUGUGUGUGGUUUGCAAAAUCGAAUUCUUUCUCUCUGUACGACGGUUGUUUUUUCUUUUGUGCGUUGAUGGUUUUCGUGUAUCACGGUCACAAGAACGUUUGUGUAUUUCCGACACUUAGCACGUGUCAGUGUGUUUUUUGAGUGUUAAUGAUGGACAGUAUAAAGGAGGAAAAGUUCAAUCUUGUGAUAGCAAACGAUUGUGUUGGUUGCGACACGUACCAAAUGGGGAAAAAUCAGAAAUAGCUUCGAGCUUUUCAUUCGACACUGAUGGAAUUCAUACGACCGUGUGUGUAUGUGUUCCAUGUUUGAAGAUUUGGAAUAUUUUCUGUUGAAGCAAGCUUAAUGUUUAAACUUAAAUAAAAAGCAAGAAAAAAAAUACAUCUCCUCACACACACAAACACACACACGUAAAUUUUUGGGAGUUACCCUUUUGCACAACCGGGUGGCCGGAUGGGGGGUGCUGCUGCAACGGCACUUGGCGCGAACAAACGCGCUGAUAGUUGGCUGCAUUCGAACAGAUGGAAUUCCGGCCAACAGUGAUUUAUUGUGCCAGCUGCCGAAUGGCAUAAUUUAUGCUGGCAUCCGUAAACCGGGUGGGACGAUUUGCGUCAUGCUGGGCACACACCCCGAUCCACCGGAUGCACUUUUCGGGUGUGCUGUGUUAUGGUGCUGUUGGUGAUAGUGUGUUGGUGAAAUUGUUAUGAUGCCGUGUAGCUGAUGAGCGCUGACGAGGAAGUGGUGAUGAGUGGUUUUUGAAAGUGCAAUAAAUCUUCGCUGAUGGGCUGGGGGAAGGAAAUGGGUGCGAGUUGGAGCGCUGUAUAAAACUCCUAAAAUUCGUGUACAAUUCAUUGUGUAGAUACGUUUUUUGUGACGUUGGUAUUGAACGAUUUGACAAAUCUUCUACAUCAAUCUACAUACACAAACACACAGAACCCGGUGCAUCUUCGAUGUACAGCUGGCAGUCAUAAAGAGACUCCCGGAUGGAUGGGUGGAAGAAGUGUUUGGUGGCGGUGUUGGUGCUGGCACUGGUAAGCAACCGGUUGGCCCCGGUCGGUUCGAACGCAACCGAAACGCGCCCAAAGUCCGGUGGUCGCGAUCGUACGACGGGUGCGACCGCCAUCGCGUCCCUAUCGUCCGCAUCGAUAGCGGCCGCCAUUGCCUCACGCAAUACGGCCAGCAGCAGUAGCAAUGGUAACAGCAGCGGAAACGGAAGUGGCAGUGGAAGCGUAAGUGGCAACCCGAACGGCGGUGGCAACGGUGGGAAAUGUAAUAUCGCUCAGUUGCGCUGCGCCAACGGGACCUGCAUACCGUCGUCGAAAUUCUGCGACGGUAAUUUCGAUUGCCUUGAUAAGAGCGACGAACCGAAAUCUUGUACAGCAUGCAACCGUACCCUGCACGGUGAGGCCGGAAGAACGUACGAGCUGCAAAUACAGAACCCCCACGGCGUGUAUCCGUUCGUGUGUCACCUAAACUUUACGGCCACCGGAGGCCUCUACGGUGACAUUGUGCAGCUAAAUCUGGCCAAGUUUAGUAUUGGAAAAUUUGUCGAAAAUUUCCACGACCUUAAACAGCAUGGCGAAUGUAUGGAAGGCUUCAUGACUAUCAGUGAGCAGGGCUUACCAAAUCUCGACGGCAGAUGGUGCGGGACGGCAUCCGGCUAUACGAUAUACUACAGUGAGACGCGAUCGGUCAAUGUAACGUUGCGUUUGGACAAGCUACCGCAGGCAAGCAGCAGUAUGUCGAAUGGGUUCGAGUUUCGUCUAAUCUACAAAUUUUUACGACACAGCGAUGCAAAGUUAAGGAACGAUAACCGGAUAUGGAACGGAGAUCUCGUACCCGGCAGCUACUGCAAUCGCAACUUUUAUGACUGUGACAAAAGGACCUGCCGAAUACGAUCACCCAACUAUCCCGGCAUUUAUCCGCGCAAUUUAACAUGUAAAUAUUAUAUUAAUCAUCGAGCGCCCCCUAGCGGUCUGCACGCGAUGAUCGUACUACGGCAACCGGACGGGCAUAAAUUAAACAUGAAGGAGCAGGCGACACACCACGAGGCGAACAACCGGAUUUUAAGGAGUUGGGAGCAGUGCGACGAGGCACAGGACUAUCUCAGCAUUUACGACGGUGCGGCACCGGAAGCACCGACCAUUGGGAGAAUUUGUGGUGGAGACGUCCUGCCGGAUAUCGUAUCCAGUGGUCCGGAGAUGCGUGUCGAGUUCCACACGUCCCCGUUUGAUGUGCCGUUCCAUCCGAAUCCCGUCACCUUUCUGCCCGGGUUCGAGCUAGAAGUACACGUUCUGUACGUCAAUUCGAACUCCCAGUCGUACAUCCGGCAGCCGGGACGCUGCGAGUUCAUCAUCAGUGCGUUCGAAAGCCAGACGGGCGAGCUGGAAAGCCCGCAGCACACGUUGCCACCGGAAAGCUCCUGUCUGUACCACUUCCAGGGUCGGCGGCAUGAAACGGUUUGGGUAUCGUUCAUCAAGUACCAUUCCGCAAUCGAUCCUACCGGGUUCGAGUCACCGGCGGAAUGUGUGACGCAGUUACGCAUCUGGGACGGUCGAUGGUCGUCGGUAACGUCACGCCCCUACGUUUUUUUAGGCGCCCCACCGGACUACCAGCGGAAUGCGAGCCUGAUCGAACAGAUCUGUCGCGAGGAGGUACCGAGACUUUGUUCCCGUUCGUUGGUAGCGAAGGGUAGUCGACCCUGCUCAACACAAGAGAGUUAUCUUUCGACGGGUUCCGACUUAACGAUCGAGUAUCGUCCAAGUCCCAUCGGGACGGCUCGUCUAUACGGUCCCGCAUCGGCUUUUAAGCUGAGGUAUGAGUUUGUGGACAACUCGCUCGGUGGAGCACCAUUGGAACCGUUGGUAGCUCCAUCAGCUAUGCCAGAACCGGCCGCACUAGUGCAGUUCCAUCCCAAAUCUUGCGAUCGGGUCUUUCGCUCUUCAUCAGCAUCACGGGGCAUCUUUCGCUCACCGUCGAACGUUUUCAUGUAUGGACGUGGAGGUUCUCCAAACAUUUCUUGCAUCAUCCGGUUCGAAGCGAGCGGCGGUGAAAGUGUCAGGUUAACGAUCACCAGAGCACGGUUCGGUGGUAGAUCGUGUCAAAAUUUGCAAAACCGAUCUGGACGAUGGCACUGCAACCAUCAUGGUGGACCGGUGUCAGAUUUACGCAUCAGCGAAGUACCAUGGACGGAUGUGUCGCCGUUACCGCGCGACUGCCUUUGCUCCGAUGUGUCCGGUUCGAUAACGCUCGCACCGUUAGCAGCUAGCAUUGUGGAGGUGAAGUUUACCACGCUCCAGAUGGAGGUGGAUCAAGAUUUCCGUGACUUUUACUUCGAGGGCCGGUACGAGUUUGCGCGCGACGGUUGCGAGACGGAUUGGUCCGAACGACGGCUACGGGGACGUAGUGGCGAUGCCUACCUGAAACCGACACCGUGUCCCGCACUGAUCCAACCAUGGUUACUGGAGCCCGAAACGGACAGUAGCUAUCUGGUGCUGAAGCUGAAAGGGUUCUGGAUGCCGCCGCUACUGCAAUCGGCACCACCCUGCCCGACCGAUGCCCGCAUUACCGUCUACUCGACGAACAAUCCGAAAAACUCGCGCGAUCUCUGCCCAUCCGGUCCGGAUGUGGUAGCGUUCUCGGAUGGUUGGGACCGUGCGUACGAGUUCAGUGCGAUGGAAAUUUCCAAGAGUUUGAUUAUCGAGUUCAAGAGCCCACGCCGGCCACCGGUCGAGCUGAUCGAGUACAAGUUCUCGUGGAUGGAGAUCUUCCCGGCGCACGAUUGUCCGCACCGUUGCCAGGAGCUGCAGGCCUGCAUCCCGUCCGAGCUGUGGUGUGAUGGCAAAGUACACUGUCCCUCGGGACAGGAUGAAAGCCCAACGGAGUGUGAUCUGCGAUUGCCACUAUCUCCGCUGCAUGUCGGUCUAGCGGCGGCCACCCUUACGCUCGUGCUCUCGCUGGCGGCCGGUUUAACUGCCUGUGCCCGCCGCAAGCGGGGUGAAAAGAAGCACCUGCAGAGUGUCCAUCUGGAUGCAGCCGGACGGGGUGGUUAUGGGCAGCCACAUCCACACCAUGGUUCCGGCUAUCCACACGCUAACCAUCACCUCCAGUCGAGCCACGCGUUGACACCACUCUACCUGGACCCGUCGAAGGAUAGCUUCUGUUGACAGGAGCUGGAGACUUCGGUGUAGCCAAUGCCGAAGUCGUCGCAGGACUUUUACUACUUCGCGUUCAACCAACACGCCACCAGCACGAGCAGCUGCUGAGUGGACGGUUAUGGACGAACGGUGACGUUGUGCACAAGCCCGGUGGCGUACGCGUAACUAACGAAACAACAAAAUGGUGAUAUUUGACACGUGUAGCGUGUAGCGUCGCAAAAGCGUGCCGAUUCGAGUAUUUAAACGAGUUACAUAGGAAAAGGAAAGGAAUUGUUUUUAGAAGCCGUAGCAUAUUCCCCGUAGUAUCCCCGUCAAGCCGAAUGGAAGCAGACGGACAGAAGGUUGGUUUUUAAUUGUGACAAUCAGUUGUGGCAGAGACAAUUCUACCCUGCUAGGGUCGCGGAAAUUAUGUGCGAUUGGAAAGGGGGGAAAAAAUUAAGGAUUUGAAUGGAGUGUAAAUGAUGCAAAUUAUUAGUAACUAAAAUGGUUGUGAUGGCCAGUUUUAAGAACAUGAGGACAAAAUGGUGUGAUUACGUUGUGUGGGAAAGGAUUUUUUUCUAAACGAUUGGUCUAUUGCAAUAUUUUUAUGCAAAAAUUCUUUACUAAUAGCAAAGAUGUUUCGUUUUAGACGAUUAUUGUUAUUAAUUUUUGCAUUCGAAAUAAUGUUACCUUUUUUGUUUUUUUUAAAUUCGAAAUUAGCAGAAAAUCACUCCAUACAGACAUGUAUGAAAUAUGGAAGGAAUUGUCACAUUUUAGUGUAGCUUGAUUAAAACUACAAACGGAAUAGUGAAUGCGGGAGCGUAUUAGUAAAAAGAAAAAAGAAAAAAAAAACAAUUCCACUGUAAAUAGAACCAAUGAAACUGUGAACUGGUCAACAGAGUUGAUUAUCCAUACACAGGAAGAAGAUGUGAACAAAAAAAUUCUCCUCCAGUACAAUCGACAAAAUGUAUGUUCGCUUUGCUAACACAAAACCUUUAGCCGAUAAUGCUCUAAACUUUUAUAUUUUUAAAGUACCGUUUUCAUCACAACUCCCCCUUGAGAAACGACACCAUGUACAAAGAUGCAGCUGCUGUUAUGUCAACGUAUUGUAUGUUUUAUUUUUUAUGUUUUUUUUAUCCCUUUAUGAUACGUACAUUAAAGCAAGCUUACACGGCGUUCCGAUAGAAUGGAGAAGGAAAAAAACAAGGCGAAUAAUUAUAACACAGAAGUAUGGCCCAUACAUGCGUGGCAGAAAAAUAAAAACACACAAAAGCAAAAACACAACACACAACACAAAAAAUCCAAAAUGCAAAAAAAACCUUUUUCUCAAAUCGUCAAAUGAUAAUGUGAUUCUCAGUAGUUAAGCAAAGAAGAAAGUAAAAACCGGGGAACUAACUAAAACUUGCACUGCAUAGAUAACGGGGUGUAACGGUAUGGUUUAGCCGUUACGAUUGUAAAGGAAACACCCGUAACCUGUCUCGAAACAUAACUCUUCGAUCAUCGAAUGGGUGAAAAAAUACACACAUACACAUACACGUACACAAUGAAUGGAAAAGCAACAAAAAAAAACCCCACAACUCAACUCCCACAAAAGCAUUCCAAUUUUUCCUCCCUCAAUGAAACGAAGAAGACGAAAAAACUCAUCUUCCAUUUGACCGUAAACAUUGUACAGAGUUUGAACGCGUGUAGGAAAUAGUAAUGAAUUCUAAACAUGAGCAUAAAAAAAAUGGUAAGACUAUACGAUCGAAUACACAACCGAAUGUAACGUUACAUUCCAUACAGGAAAAGAGACAUCAAUGCAACAAUGAGCAACAAACCCCUCGAGAGGUUGUGAAUCUGGCGCGCGCGCGUUACAGUGGCGGAGGAGUGGGGGCGCGUUCGCACUUCCAGCUCGCGACAUCUUCCUCCGGCUGUGAAAUGGAUCUUUUCCAAAAUCGUCAAACCCUGAAUGACACAUCGGAUACGAACCUUUUGCUGGUAGUGGAUAAUGCGUACAUGUGUUUGCGUAGGUGAUAAAGAAUAAACUACGGUAAUUGUUAAUAACCACUAUGUAAAUGAUUGUCGACUUUAGGGAGUAAUUUAGAAGGAAAAUGUAAUUCCUCUUGUCUCAAAAUAAUCGAACAGCAAGAAUAAAAAAAAAAACAAAAACACACACACACAUACAAUCUAAAGAAAAGAAGAGCAGUUGGCAAGACAUAAGUUGUGCUGUUCGAUAUGGAUAAUGAAGCGAAAGCAUUUCUCUCUGUUUCGUACUGCAACGAACCCUGCAAAAGAUGCCGUUGCUACACAAUGUUCAACCCACUAAUGUUCCCUGCUUUUAAACGAAACCGUGUCGAUACGCUAGCUGGUAAGCUCUCUGAUACCGUGCGGGAAGUGUGUAGGCAAACAAAGCACAAUUUCUUUAAAGCCGUGCUAGUUCUGUAGCAUUGUGCUUCGGUGUCAGAAUGAGCAAAACAAAAACCAAAACAAAAAAAAAACAAGAGAAAAAUUUAAAGCAAAUAGGGAUGUAAAUAAUUAGUACUUAUGUAAAAGGCGGUCGUUACCAGCAUAAGGGAAAUACGUUUUGACGGAGAAGUCGAAGGUGUUGAAGAAUGGAAAGCAGAACAAAAAAGAAGUAGAUGUAUAAGUAAAAUGCUCGAUGAGGCACUAACUUCGUCGACGACGAAAUCGGUCUAGUGAUCAAAUAAAGUCACGAAUUUUCCUACCGGGCGUAUGUCCGCAUGGAAUGAAACAUGAA